AGGAGUGUCUAGUAUAUGUCUAGCGUUUAACAUGAAGGACAGGUCCUACACCACUGUACUUGCUUGACUGCAGAAAUGACAAAACUCACUCCGUCACAUCUGGGACACAUCAGAUAACGAACUAACGACCUGAACUUCACGGUUGUGAGAAUUAAAUUACUGCUUCGUCCUGUUGUUAGCAAGCUCCGUUGUAAUGUUCUCGGACGGGGAAAUGGGUGGACUGUAGCCACAGUGUUUUCUGUAGCUGUCUGUCUUCAGCCGGUGUGUAUCUGCGUCAGCGGCCGUGAUGCGUUUUAACGAGAAGGAGCUGGUUUCUCUGAGCCGCCAGCCUUCAGAGAUGGCAGCUGAACUCGGGAUGCGAGGACCCAAGAAAGGAGACGUUGUUAAGAGGAGGCUGGUGAAACUCGUCGUUAACUUCCUCUUUUAUUUCCGGACCGAUGAGGAAGAGCCAAUUGGAGCGCUGCUGCUGGAGCAGUGCCGGGUGGAGAGGGAGGACAGCCAGAGCUUCUCUAUUGCAUUCCUGGAUGAAGCAGAGAGGAAGUAUUUGUUCGAGUGUGACUCUGAAGAACAGUGUGGGGAAUGGAUGGACUCCAUUAUCAAAGCCAGUUAUGAGUUCAUGAGGAAGAACCUGAUAUUCUAUCGAACUGAAAUCCACAGGCUCACUGGCAAGGACCCUUUGGAGCAGUAUGGUAUAUCAGAUGAAACUCGCUUCCAGGUCAGCAAUGGGCUGCAACUUAUGCCUAGAGAUACCUCCUCGCUGUAGACCAGUGUCCUGCCAUUCCAAAAUUCACUCCUCACUGGUUUGAAAGCCAUGGCAUUAUCAUUCACACUCUCGACUUUUAGAUUUUCACUGCUUUGAAUGUAUUGAGUUUAGACCCAGACUUGUGCAUAUGUUAUAAGCAGGGUACCUGAGGCCAUGCAAAGUGAUAACUCAUAGUCAUCGUCAGUUCUUACAGGUAAUGCGGGGCUUUUGAAAAAUCAACACUGUCUUAUUUUUAGUUUAGGGGAUUUUACAUGCCAUUUCAUUUUCAGACCUCUGCCUUAGUUCAUCAGUUGUCUGUGUAAAAUAUCUUUUAUUCUGUCUUCUGCUGGACAAGCUGUACAUUUAGACGUCUAUGUGCUGUAGAGCUGGGGCUGUGACUUUCUUUCAGGGCUAUUAGUAAUAUUAGCAUGACUGUGUUUAACAAGAUUUAUCAAUCCUGGACAUAUGAACAUUUGUUAAAAUUAAUGUUAAUCAAGUAAGUGCACACUGUUGAAGAAGCGCAGGAUCAUUACAUCAUUAGAAAACCUUUGGCAGUAUUUACUGUCCUUUUAUGAACUGCAUGAGCCCUUUGAUCUGCUCAGUUGAGCCACAUUUUUCUCCAUUUUUGUUUAUGAGAAAGAAGAUUUUUAGAGGUCUCUGUAUGUAUUUAUCAGCCAUCUGAUUUAGAAUAUUUAGUUUUAAAAGCUAUACUUUUGCACAUAUUACUUUACUGGGUGUCCUUUUUUUUUUUUAUUAGAAUUUCAAUAAUUUACUUGAACCUACUGUACCUUUUCUGUGGCACUUUGAAUCUGAUUCCUUUAGGUAAGCUGUUGGACCAUGUUUGGAAACAAGACUCUUGACAUGAUUUUUAAAAUAUCACACCAACUUCUUUGUCAGUUUAGGGUAAUAGUCAGUUCAAAUUUUGUGCUUAAUCACAUUUCACGAUAAGGCAUCGCUGUAUCCUGCAGAUUGGUGAAAUAUUUAUUUCAGCGGUCAGGUGUCUACUCACAAGCAGGAUAUGUUAUUUAAUGUGUCUCCUGUUUUAAAACUUUUUGCACAUCAGAUGUGUUUAGUCUGUUUUACUUAAUGUUAGAUUGUAUUUGUUUUACUGGUAUCUCUUUUUUUUUUU